UGCAUCUGAAAGACGGAGAAAAGCGGAUAUACUGUAAGUAUAUAUUGCAAGUCGGGCACCCUAAUCGUCUCUUUCCCUGAGCUUCCCAAGGACUUACACUCGUGUCAACACUCAGUCCCACUCUCAACAUCCUUCGACGAUGCCAGUAAAGCAAUCACCCUCACGGAAAGCAAGAGGCUCAAAGUUCACCUCAGCCAAGAAGGUUGGCAGCACGUGGUCGUCCAUCUGGCUGCUCGCACUGGUCCCAGUCCUUCUUGCCAUCGGAGCAGCGAGGGAAACCUUGAACGGCAUCAACCUCAAGCUCAGCGUCAACAACUUCAAUCUUGUACGCAAACCUGCCCAAUAUCACGGACACGGCGUCAGCGGACCUUUCUUUGAAGGAUGGUAUUAUAAGACGGUGUUGCCCGAGGCGGAAGGGUCGGUGGUCUUCAUUCCUGGCGUGUUCAUGCCGAAGCCUUCUCCCGAAGGCACCGUGCUCAACGAUACGCUACAACAGCCGCAUGCGUUUGUGAUGGUCCUGAGGGACCCGCACACUGUCGAAUGCCUGUAUUACGCCUACCCUUUGAGCGAGUUAGAGGCAACGAACGGCGUUGGAGAGUCACCGGAAGCUAGAACCACAUACAGCAUCAGGAUUGGAAAGAGCACGUUCCAUGAGAAGGGGAUGGAGCUUGAUCUCGAUGCCUCCCGUCUUGUGUGGCCGUCGGACGAAGACACAAAUGAGUUUUUGGCCAAGGCGUUGCGGGAACGCCAGAUACUGCACCCUGAGUUACGCUUCGAUAAGGCGGGCUUGACUCAGGAGUGGGAACGGAAAGCUCUGUCCGUUCGUGGAAGUGUGAAGUUCGUAGACUCCGUCCGAUUCCCAACGUCCACUUUGAACCCAACAGUGAUGGGUCCUUUCUCCUACCUUCCUGCGCUGGAAUGCUACCAUGGUGUGGUAUCGCUCUACCACAAGACGAUCGGUUCGGUCCGCUUUGAGACUGCGGCAGGGGCCAAGGAGCACGAGUUCGACGUGACGGGCGGCGAGGGCUAUCUGGAGAAAGAUCACGGCAUCAACUUUCCCAAGAGCUGGAUCUGGUUGCAGACGGGCUCAUUCGUCAAGGAGACGGGAUCCUCCUUACUGCUCACCAUCGCAGAUGUGCCAUUGUUGUCGGACAAAGGCAUCCUGUCCAAGAUCGUGUCAUCCAUCCCCGUCUACGGCCCGAAGCUAGUAUCAAAGUUCCGCCUGAGCGCUUUCAUCAUCACCCUUCACCACGCCCGUACCAACACCACCCACAAUUUCAGCGUCUACACCGGGUCCCGCGUUCAAUCCGUCAACAUCGACGCGCACACCAACACCGGGAGCGGCGCCCCGAAUCAAGAAGUCAAGGUCGUAGUCUACGGCAGACCCGGAUCCGACGCGGAAUUGAUCGUUACAGCAAAGAGGCCCUUGCAAGUGGGAGUCCCGCUUCCCGGCCCCAUGUUCGGCGAGCGCAACAUGAUGGGCUUGAUUGUUGAGGAGACCAUCACGGUGGAUGUCGACGUUUUGUUGCGCGUCAAUGGGGAGGUCGUCUUUGAGGAUACUGGGCGAAUCGGUGGAUUGGAGGUUGUUGGGGACAUGCAGGGCUUGAUCGGUACGAUCUAAUUGUCAGUAUAAUGUUUAAGAAGCGUAAGUAGAUACAGCUAGCAUAGAAUCGGAUUUAAGCAUUGCAUUACAUGCCACAACUGCGUUCUCAUGAAAGGGUAUAUAGGUUAUAUACACAAAUUAUUGUUUUCUGCAUCUGCCCAAUCUCUUUUUCUGCUUUUUGAU